AGGAAAACCCGAAAACACAGCAGCGAAAUGUAAAUAAAUAGAUUCUAGAUGUCUGAUGUAGGCUACUCCUUGUCACAUCUGCAGUGUGAACUUUUAAAAUUUUAUAUAUGGGUGACAAUUUAAAACAAAUAAUCUGUCUUCAAAGUUAUAUGCACUAAACCCCACAUGAAAUGGAGUCUUUUGUGUCGUUCAGAUGGAUGAAUCGUCCUUUUCACUUUUUUUGUGUUUUAACAAUCAGCUGCUUGUGUUUACCAACAACUCUGUCAACUGUACCAGAAAUAAAAACCAUUGAAGACAAUCGCAAAAACGUAUUCAAGACUAACACUCAGUAUUUUACUCAAAGUUAUAAAAGUUUUGAUGGAUUUUCAACUACAUUUUCUUAUUCUCCAAAUGCUGUAAAUCCAGAACCAGAUGUUGUUGUAAAUCUUGAAGACAAUCAUGAACAUGAAGACAAAGUUUUACAUUCUUCUUCACAGAAAGACAAAAAUAACAAAAUUAAUAACCACUCACCACUUUUAAGCUCCAAAGAUGUCAUUCUAAAUAAAAUUAAAAUAAACAAAGAAAAUAACCUCUUUUUAGAUCUUAAUAAUAGGCCUUUGCCUUUGCCAAAUGACGAUGAAAAUAAUAACACUGUUAAAACAAUUGAAGUAAAUGCUACUUUUGGAGAAAUGUAUUCAAACAAUUCUGUCAAUGUUUUGCAACAAGUUUUGUUCAUCUACCACUAUGAAAUACAAAAUAAGACCACAGCUAUCAGAGUGAGUGUUACCAGUGAUAAUUUUUCAGAAGAAUACCCGGUAAUGUGUGUAGCAAGGCAGCAGGAAAGUAUUUUAUCUUGGCAAAUACCCCUUGCUGUUGGCGACAGCUACUUAUACAAAUCAGUCAGCCGAACACUGUGUCCCAUUGAUGAAAGUAAAAGGAAGACCAUUGACAAAAACCAGCGCAUUUACCUCACAGUGUCCAGUAUGUGUUCAAACUACAAAUACUUUCACCUCACAGCAAACAUUCUCACAGAUUUUGAGAUUACGCAUGAAGUCCCCAGAACUUUUAAUCUAACAGUUUGGGAACCAACUUACUUCAUGUACACAUUCCCAGCUGGUGUUUCCUCUGUUCUGCUGAAGGUUACAUCCCAGUCUCACAUCUGCAUGACAGUAUCUGUUCAAAAAAUUAAAUGUCCUGUAUUUGACCUGGCUAACAACGUGGAAUUUGAGGGCAAACAUCAAACCAUGUCCACGCAAGCAGCCAUGUUUUUAGAGAAGGAUGAUUAUGACGACCAAGGAGGAUUCUAUGUGGUGUUUAUUGUGAAACCUGAUAAUGAAGUCUGUGAGGGUUUCUUGAAGCCCACCCAGUUAAUGCCAGCUGGAAAUGUGACAGAUAUUAGGAAAGUGGUGACUGUAGUGGUUAAAGAAACAAUUUCAUUGUCACAGUAUAUUAAAGCAAUUGUAGCAGCUGUUCUAGUUUUUGGAGCAUUUUAUCUAAUUGCUGUCAUCAUUGGAGUGGUUUAUGCUGGAUGUGGACUACAUAAAGGACUGGAUGACUUGACAGAGGAAGAGAGAGGGGAUGAGAACAAUUUCAUUAACAGAACUCACCGCCAUGAGAGUUAUGGAACUUUAUCUGAACCUAGAUCCAGUCCAGACCAGGGAAUGAGUGAUGUGACAACUGACCGUGAGGAAUCUUCAGAGUCCUCCUCUUUAGAUGAGUCCACCAUAGACUUUGUCCCUGAUGCUGACCUUGAAAAGGACAUCUUCAGGACAAAGACUGCUUUGUUUGUUUCUGAUCUGGCGAGGAAGAAAAGAAAAAAGCUAUCUAAAACCUACAAGCUUUAUUACUGGAACUUGGUGACCAUGUCUAUAUUUUAUGGUCUUCCAGUGGUGCAGCUGGUAAUAACAUACCAGAGGGUGCUGACCUCCACAGGUAACCAAGACAUUUGCUACUACAACUUUGCCUGCUCUCACCCUCUCAAGUCCUACCUGAGUUCUUUCAAUAACGUCUUCAGUAACAUUGGUUACGUCCUGCUGGGUCUCUUGUUCAUUGGCAUCGUCUUCCGCAGAGAUCGUCUACACAAGAAGGUGGUGGCUAAGCACGGAAACCUGGAGAAGCAGUACGGGAUACCCCAACACUUUGGGCUCUUCUACGCCAUGGGGUGGGCGCUGGUGAUGGAGGGUGUGAUGAGUGCUUGCUACCACGUGUGUCCCAGCUACUCCAACUUUCAGUUUGACACGUCCUUCAUGUACAUCAUUGCCUGUUUGAACAUGUUAAAAAUCUACCAGUCCAGGCACCCAGAUAUCAACGCUAAGGCCCACACAGCCUACCUUUCAAUGGCUGUCAUUAUUUUCAUUGCUGUUGUUGGAGUCGUGUACGGCACCAACAUAUUUUGGAUCUGCUAUGCUGUCAUCCACAUGUUUACCACAUUUUUGAUGACUGUACAAGUUUAUUAUAUGGGGAGAUGGAACAUUGAUCGUCAUAUUUUCAAGAAAUUGUUUCGCCUGCUUGUCACUGAAGGUUUGAGUUGUACAAGGCCGGUCUACCUAAAUCGUUUUAUCUUACUGUUGAUUGGCAAUUUAAUUAACUGGGCUUUUGCUAUAUAUGGUGCCAUUACGCAACCUUCAGACUUUGCAACUUACCUGCUGGCUAUAUUUAUUGGGAAUUUGUUACUGUACUCCAUCUUUUAUAUCAUCAUGAAGAUGCUGUAUAAAGAAAAAUUCAGCUGGCUGGUCAAAUUAGUUAUUGUGACAUCAACUGUCACUUGGGCAGGUUCACUCUACUUCUUCUUCCAAAAUUUGACUUCCUGGGAUAAAACACCUGCUGGCUCUAGAGCAGGAAACAAAGAAUGUAUUUUGAUGGAGUUUUAUGAUCACCAUGACGUCUGGCACUUCCUAUCUGCCAUUAGUUUGUUCUUCUCGUUUAUGAUAUUGUUACUUUUGGAUGAUGAUCUCUCCCAGCAGAGGAGAGACAAGAUUCCAGUGUUUUAGUUUCAAGCCUGGAGCCAGCGUGGCUCAUGUUUGGCUCUCUCAUGUCAACUUAUGUGCUCUGCAGGAAAACAAUGCAAGAUCAUAUGAAAAAACAUCAAAUUCCUAACUUUGACAUAAUUUUUUAAUGUUGAUCUUUUGAAGAUUUUAAUGUAUUUCCUAACAAAUGUAAAUCUUAUAAUAAUUUAUACAGACUUAAUAAGCAUAAACUUAAUUCAUUAAGCCUGCUGUUGAGUAUCAACGAAUGGCUCAUUUAUAAUUCAGUUUUAAUACGAAUGUCAAUCAUUUUUUAAAUAUUUGAUUAUGAACAUGUACUGUUAUUUCAGUUUUUUUAAUUUUUCAACUGACUUAAUUCACUGGUUGUCAUACUAAUCUAAUGGGUGGUUUUUUAUGCUAGUCUUUUUUUUGUGGUGAAAUCCAGUAGUUUAAAAAAUAGAUAAUGCUUAAUAUAUGCUUGAUUGUCAUUAUAGUUUUGCUAUAGAAAAUAUGUCAUUGCUAAGUAAAAUUAAUGUAACUAAAAGUAGUGUAGUUAUAUAUGUUCAUAACAUUUAUUUUGUUAACAUUUUUAACGAUUUUGUUAAUGUUCAAAAUAAUUGAAUGAAGUUCAUUUUAAUAAUGUGAUUGUAAUUUAAUACCAUUCCAUUUUUUUAAACAGUUUUUCUUUAAUUUAAGUUUUGAUUUUUUAAAUUUUAUUUUUGUUUAAAAUUAAUUUUAUUUUUUAAAUUUAUUGAUGGGGUAAUACUAAACUAUUAGAAAAUACCCAACAUCCUACUGAGACAAAAGUAGGCCUACAUAAGUAUAUUUAUUUUGAAGACUGAACAGUGUCUACUUUAUUCUCAGUAUCAGAUUCAAACCC